CCUCAGUGCAAUCAAGGUGAUGCAUGCGCUGCAUCAAACAGUUAACAGUGCUCUGUUAACAGGCCUUAAAUACAGUUGCAAGUGGCCAACGCUGUUCAGUUCUUUGGCAGGUGGCAAAUCGUAAGGACUAACAGUGCGCGAUACGUAUCAGACAUUAAAAUACGUACAGCAUAAAAAAACUUUUAGUUAAAAAAAAGAAAGUAAUUAAAACCAACCAUGCAUAAGGCAAUCACUUCUGUUCUAGUGUUUAUCUGGCUUAGUUCACUUGUCGCCAUAACAAUUGCGCCAACUAAAAGAUUUCGUCCGCCACAUUAUCUAGAUAAAUGCGUCAACGGUCAAAGGCAGAUUAACGAAUGUUUCAAAGAUUUGCCGUCACAUCUUAUGGAAUUUUUGCAAAGCAAAUCUGUGAGAAGCCAACAAGAAAUCGUUGCCCAAUGCAAUGUGUACAAUCAAUGUAUGAAAUGCAUCGAGGACUACUCAGCAAGUUGUCUACAGAGUCGCGAUCCCAGCUUAUUUAAAAAAGAUAUCGACGGUGUUAUCAAGUUUUUCGAAAAAUUUUGUACAGACAAGGACUUUCAGCGAGACUAUAUGCGGUACAAGAGUUGCUUUGCGAAUGAAAAGGAUGAUUGGAUAGCCUGCACUGCGGACGUGGAGAAAGCACUCAUAGAAGACUUAAACGACGAACGCAACUCUACCAAUAAAUUACUGCAGUUCUGUUGCGAUUAUUUGGUAUUCGAUCACUGCAUGAACACUGGCGCUCCAUAUACGAGCCUAAUGAAUUCAUCCAAAUUUGUGUGCAAUGUCGUAAAAAUGUUGUCUACCGAGGAUUACGUCAGAAACUGUCCACAGCUGGAGGACACGUGCGCCGGUGCCCCUAACACUUACCUUGCCUGGAGCAGCAUUUUGCCCUUGGCAUUGAUGUUGCUAAUGAGAUAUGCGUGCUAUCACAACAGGUGGUUGUUCUCUGGUUAUUAAUCCGUAUCAUGCAAUUAGACGAUAAGUGUGAGAUUCUUCCCAAACAUCGACACUUGUUGGUCACAAAGAUGCAUUUCAAUUUUACCUAAUUACCUGUUUAUAUGUGUGUUGAAUAAAUUGUACUAUGAUAUGCAGUUCGAAAAUAAUUGCUCGUUUCGAUGUAAUUAAAAUGACAAUAACAUUUCAAUGAAGAUAUGCAGCCAUAUGGCGUAUAGUUGA